ACACACAUUCGGUCGUCGCCCACCCUUCCUUCCUCCCGAAGCUAAACAUACACACACUCUCUCUCUCUUACUCAUCACUCGCUGUUCCAGCCUUUUCUUUUUAAACGUGACUCUGAGUGACUGAGAGAUGGAUUGAUUUCAUUAACUUUGUUGCUUUGAAGUUCGUUUGUUCGUCUGAAGCUAUCGUGAAAUGGCGAAGGCGACGAUCCAGUUGCACGGUUUCCCUCAUCUUGUGUCUGCCGAUGUAGUUAAACGAUUGUUGGAGCAACGAUUGGGUCAGGGAAGUGUAGUUGCUUUAGAGGUAAAGCCGUCGAAGAAAGGUGGAAGGGUUUACGCCAGAGUCCAGUUUACGAGCAGUGCGUAUGCUCAGAAGAUUAUCGAUAUGGCGAGCAGCGGCCUGUAUUACGGGAGUUCUUAUUUGCGAGCUUGGGAAUCGGACAUGGAUAUAGUGCAUCAUGUAAGGUUGCAUUUGUAUGAAAUGGAGAAUGUAACUUUGAAUUCUGGAUGUCAGGUAUCGAGCGACAAGUUCAUGGUGCUGUGGAAAGCCGAGAAUGUAUCUGUUAAAUUUGGAAUCGGGAUGAAGAAAAUGCACUUCUUUUUGUCGCAUGAUUCGGUCCAUUACAGGCUUCAGCUCUCCUACGAAAAUAUUUGGCAGAUUGUGCUUUAUCAUCAACUCGGUCUUACUUCAAGGUUUCUUCUAAUACAGUUGUACGGCGCGCCCCGGAUCUACAAGAAGGUCGGAGAAAACGAAUCUAUCUACAGCUUUUUUAAGGAGACGCCCGAUGAUCAAUGGAUCAGAACGACCGACUUCACUCCAUCAUCGUGCAUCGGGCAAUCCUCGGGACUCUGUCUUAAGCUUCCUUACAACGUGCAGCUUCCGAGGUUCAAAGACAAUUUCGUUUACUACAGCGAGAAAGAAACCACGUUCAGAUUGGAGAACGGUAUCCCGUUUUGUCGAAACUUGCCUCUCGUCCCGAUCGUACAACCUCCCCGGGGAUCCAAAUUGCCUUACAAAGUGCUGUUCAAGGUUUGCUAUUUGGUGCAGACUGGAUGCCUUCCCGGUCUCAAGCUCGACGGGCGAUUCUUCAGCCUCGUCAAUCCGCAGAGAUACGAUAUCAGAUUCGUCGAGCACGCUCUGGAUAAGCUUUAUUACAUGAAGGAAUGUUGUUACGAUCCCGUUUCGUGGCUUAUUCAGGAGUACGGGAAAUACAGCCGGGGGCAGGAGCAUCUGAAACCGUCGACUGUUAGGUUAGACAACGGGCUGGUGUACGUGCACCGGGUUCAAGUUACGCCGACGAGAGUUUAUUUCAUGGGUCCGGAGGUGAAUGUGUCGAACAGAGUUUUGCGCCACUUUAAUCAGUACAACGAUAAUUUCCUCCGCGUUUCAUUUGUGGACGAGGAGUGGGAGAAGAUGUACUCGACGGAUUUGUCGCCGAGGGUCGUUGAAGCCGGCGGGGUUAAAAGGACGAAGCUUUACGAAAGGGUGCUGUCUAUUCUCCGCGAAGGGAUUACGAUUGGGGACAAGAAGUUCGAUUUUCUUGCGUUUUCGUCGAGUCAGCUUCGCGAGAACUCUCUCUGGAUGUUCGCUUCGACGAAUGACGUCGAUGCGUAUGUUAUCCGGCAGUGGAUGGGCGACUUCCGUUCGAUACGAAACGUGGCUAAGUACGCAGCUCGACUCGGUCAGUCCUUCAGUUCGUCGACGGAAACCUUGACCGUUCCCGAUUACGAGGUCGAACGGAUUCCCGAUAUUGUGACGAAUCGGGGUAGGACCAAAUACGUCUUCUCCGACGGCAUCGGGAAGAUAUCCGCUGCAUUCGCGCGGCGGGUCGCGGCAAAAUGCGGGGUUAACGGCUCAGUUCCGUCGGCGUUUCAGAUCAGGUACGGCGGCUAUAAAGGGGUCGUGGCUGUCGAUCCUGAUUCGUCGGCGAAACUUUCUCUGAGGCCGAGCAUGCUGAAGUACGAAUCAGAUAAUACGAAACUAGACGUGUUGGCGUGGAGCAAAUACCAGCCGUGUUUCUUAAAUCGACAGAUUAUAACGCUGCUGUCGACGCUCGGAGUCCGGGAUAGCAUUUUUGAAAGGAAGCAACGGGAUGCGGUGGCCCAGCUCGACGAGAUUCUCGUCAAUCCGGUGAGAGCCGAGGAAGUGUUGGAUUUAAUGUCGCCGGGGGAAACCACGAAUAUUUUGAAGGAGUUGCUCAAGUGCGGCUACAAGCCGAACGUCGAGCCGUUCCUUUCGAUGAUGCUACAGACGUUCCGCGCGUCCAAGUUGCUGGAUUUGCGCAUGAAGGCGCGAGUGUUCGUCCCCGAAGCUCGACAGAUGAUGGGAUGUCUUGACGAAACCGGGAUCUUGAACUACGGGCAGGUGUUUGUGCAGUUUUCGGGGGCGAGGAGAAGUUUUGACGGUGCGUCGACCUACGGUUCGAGCGAGUGUCGAUACACGAUCGAAGGGGACGUUGUCGUCGCGAAGAACCCGUGCUUGCACCCGGGAGAUGUUCGUGUUUUAAAGGCGAUCGACGUUAAAGCGUUGCAUCAUAUGGUGGAUUGCAUCGUUUUCCCGAGUAAGGGACCGAGGCCUCAUCCUAACGAAUGUUCCGGGAGCGACUUGGAUGGCGACAUAUACUUCGUUUCUUGGGACUCCGACUUAAUCCCGCCGAAGCAAGUCCCGCCGAUGGACUACAACCCGGCCCCGAACACCGUGCUCGAUCACAAUGUGACGAUAGAGGAAGUCGAAGAAUACUUCACAAACUACAUAGUGAACGACACAUUAGGGAUCAUAGCAAAUGCUCAUACAGUCUUUGCUGAUAGAGAGGUAUCCAUGGCGGAGAGCAAGCCAUGCCUAGAACUUGCGAGAUUAUUCUCGGUAGCUGUCGACUUUCCGAAAACCGGAGUCCCGGCAGAAAUCCCGCCGCACCUACGUGUCAAAGACUACCCGGACUUCAUGGAAAAGCUCGACAAGUCGACGUACGAUUCGACGCGCGUGAUCGGGAAGCUAUUCCGGGCGGUGAAAGACAUCCCGCCGCACGCGCUCCGGUCCUUCACGAAGGAAGUGGCGAGGAGAUCGUACGAUCCCGACAUGGAAGUCGACGGGUUCGAGGAGUAUAUCGACGAGGCGUUCGAGUGGAAGGAGGAGUACGACUACAAGCUCGGAAACUUCAUGGAGUACUACGGGAUAAAGACAGAGGCGGAAAUUCUGAGCGGGAGCGUGAUGAAAAUGUCAAAGAGUUUCGACCGGAGGCGGGACGCGGAGGCGGUUGCGGUGGCGGUGAGGUCAUUGAGGAGCGAGGCUCGGACAUGGUUUAAGAGAGCGAGUGACGAUGAAGACGAGGACGGGAUUAACGCUAGGGCCUCGGCGUGGUACUAUGUUACGUACCAUCCCGAUUAUUGGGGCCUUUAUAACGUGGGACUUAAGAGGGAUCACUAUAUUAGCUUCCCGUGGUGUGUUUACGACAAGCUUGUUCGGAUCAAGAAGAGCAAACAGAGACGGGAGGCCUCCGUUGCGCAACUUUACCGGCAUUUUAGGGGCGGCCUCAGUGUGGGCUGAGGUCGUCGGGUCGGAUCGGGUAUGAUUAAGUUCGAUUCGAAUUAUUUGGAAACUUCUUGAAUGUGUGUAUAAUAUAUAUAUAUAUAUAUAUGUGUGUGGUUGUGUGUAGCUUUUAACGUCUCGAUUCGACUGUGUGGAGAUAUUGAAGUGUUUUAUUGGAUCGAGUUUGGCGAGUGGAACUAAUGCAUUCGAAUUUCCUACGUUCUGCUGCCGAGUAUGUCGAAGUUCUUUUCAUUUCAAAUGCUACUUUUGUCCGGCCUCUCGUUUACUUUCGUCAG